AUGAAGGAAAAGCUGAAUUCAAAGUUUAAUGAUGCGAUGACAAAGUUCCCAGAAAAGGAAAGUUUUAGAAUUUUCAAAGAAAAGAUGACAAAUAUGAUUGUUGAAGAAAAAACUGAAAGCUCAACACUUUUUAAUUUUCCAAGUAAUGAAACUGGAGUUGAAGGAAUCAAUUUGACACCAAUAAUGGGUCAAAAAACAAAUGAUCAAAAAGAAAAUGAAGAUAAAGAGGGAAAUGGUGAAGAAGACGGUGAUAAUGAUGCAAGUCAACCAGAAGUAGAUUAUUUGCUUGACUCAAAUGAAGCAGAGAAUGAAGGAAUAAAGAAUGAUGCAGAUAAGAAUAAAAAAGAAGGUGAAAUUGGAGUAAAAGAGAAAGAUGGAAAGAGGAAUGAAAAUGAGAAUGAUGAAGAGGAAAAAGAUGAUCAUGCUGAGGAAACAAACAAUUAUGAAAAGAGUAUUCAACAAACUGAAAAUGAAAAUUUGUUGGAUAAAGUUGUUGACAACAUUGUGGAUAAUGUCAUUGGAGUUGGAAUUUCAAGUUUAAAUAGUCAAGAAAAUGAAAUCUGGAAUGAUCCUGAAAUGAAAACUAUUUUGGAUAAUAUUGAUAUAGGGUCACCAAUGAGUAGAAAUACUCUUGCAGAAAAGGAAAAAUCAGAAGUUGAAAAAACAAAGGCAGAUGAUACUCUUGCGGAAAAGGAAAAAUCAAUAGGAAAGAAAAAGUCAGAAAAUGAAAACAAUGAAGGACAAAAAGAUGACAAGACAAAAGCAAAUGAAGGAGAUCCGGGCUAG